AUGACCAGACUGAUUAAUGAAAACGCCCUAUUGAGCUAUGAAGAUUCAUCAGAGUACGAGUAUGAUACUGAAUCAGAAAAGAAUGUCGAAGAUUCGUCAUCUGAAGAGGAACAGUCUCUGCUUGAGAAUAACAAUCCAAAUAGCAAACCACAACGGCCAGGAGCAAUUAAAUCGCUCCUUGCGUCGAUGAAGAGAAAUUCAUACCAGAAAGUUAAGGAAGUAUGA